CACAGACACACACACACAGACACACACACACGAUGGAGAAGGAGCUGCUGGUUUUUGGAGCGUUGCUGCUGCUUCUCACAGGAAGCGACGCACAGCCGGAUGUCUGCGGCUUGGCACCGCGCAACAACCGCAUCGUGGGCGGGGAGAACGCGCCCGCCGGCUCCUGGCCGUGGCAGGUCAGCCUGCACCAGUCCUUCGGACACUUCUGUGGCGGCUCGCUGAUCAACAGCCAAUGGGUGCUGAGCGCCGCCCACUGCUUCUCCAGCACCAGUCCUUCCGGUCUCACCGUGUACCUCGGCCGGGACAGCCAGCAGCUGUUCAACCUCAACGAGGUGUCCCGCUCCGUCUCUCAGGUCAUCAGACAUCCGGGCUACAGCUCGCAGACCAACGACAACGACAUCGCGCUCUUGCGCCUGUCCUCGCCUGUGACCUUCACCGACUACAUCCAGCCGGUGUGCCUCGCGGCAGAGGGGAGCGAGUUCUCGGCCGGGACGUCCUGCUGGGUCACCGGGUGGGGAACCGUCGGGUCAGACGUUCCUCUCCCGUUGCCUCAGCGUCUUCAGGAGGUUCAAGUCCCCGUUGUGUCCAACAGUCGCUGCAACGCCGCCUACGGAUCCAUAACCAGCAACAUGGUCUGUGCCGGAGCCGACGCCGGGGGGCGGGACUCCUGUCAGGGAGACUCGGGCGGCCCGCUGGUGAGUAAAAACGGAUCCAGGUGGGUCCAGGCCGGCGUGGUGAGCUUCCGGGAUCAGUGCGCGCUGGCAGGGUUCCCCGGGGUCUACGCGCGCGUGUCCCAGUACCAGACCUGGAUCAACAGCCAGACCGGAACCAACCAGACGGGCUUCGUGGUCUUCAUGGGGAACGGGACCACAUCCGGGACCCCCGCCGCCGCCUCCCUGUCGGUGGCGCUGCUGCUGUCGCUGCUGCCGGUCCUGUUCUCGCUGGUGGUGCUGGACUAGUGACGGCCCAGACUGACAUGACUAGAAAUCUGAUCAAUGGGAUUAUUGGAUUCUUUUCUAUUUAAAACUACUUUUAAAAAAUGAUUUAUCUCAAUAAACAGCAAUCAUAUGUAUAUAUAAUAUCCUUCAUUGUGAUUUUAUAAAGGACGUAUUAGCAGAAGCAAAUUGAUAAGCACUAACCUAAUUGUAGAAGUCAUGAACCUGUGAUGAAGAGUAACGGUAACGAUUUAUGUUUUUAAUGACAUUAUUACCUCUUUAUUCAUUAUUGAUUAUCGUGUACUGUAUCUCUUUUUAAUCAUAAAUACAUGAAGUACAAAUGAUGUUUACAAGUAUUAACAGUAAGGAUUUGUUUGUCUUGAAUGUAACGCUACACAUUCCAACUUAAAUGUACAUUCAAUAUUUGAAAUACAUUAAAAAAUAUCUUCUGAACCAGCAGAAUUCUUUGUGAAGGUGUAAUGAGAGUAGAAAGUAAAGGAGCGGUUCAGAUACGCGUGUGGGGACCCCUGCUGUGCCGGCAGCAGCCCCCCAGUGGGAUUUAGGUUGUUGGGCUGCGUUUGGUGGUUGGAGGCUCCCUGAGAUGAGAAAACCCAGCGUUGGUUCAUUCUCUCUCUUCUCCAUCCAGCAGACGGCGCGUUGACUCCUGUUUCCUUUUAGUUAGACGUCCAUGACAGCACUCGCCUCUCACCCUCUUCCCUCAUGCACCUCCAACGGAUAAUACUGACCUUCACGUCCCAUCUGGAAUGUUUGUGCGUUUUUCAUUGUCUUAUGUUUAAUUAAGAACAUCUUGAACCUC